AUGGCGUCUGCUGAUCUGAGGGCCGAGCUGGACUGCUCCAUCUGCCUGAGCUUCUAUACAGAUCCUGUAUCCCUGAGAUGUGGACACAACUUCUGCCGCUCCUGUAUUGUGAGUGCGCUGGAUGCGCAGGAGGCAGCUGGAGUGUAUUCCUGUCCUGACUGCAGAGCAGAAUAUCCAGAGCGUCUGGCCCUGGAGAAGAACAGGAAGCUGGGGAACAUAGUGGAGCGUUUAUUAUCUGCUCAGCCUGAUAUGGAGGAGACCGGGAUCUUCUGUACUUAUUGCGAUUCUCCUGUAUCGGCUGUGAAGACAUGUCUGCAGUGUGAGGCCUCGUUUUGUGAAAAGCACUUGAGUAGACACAGCAAGUCAUCAGAACAUACUUUAGUUGAACCUACUGUUACCCUGAGAGAAAGAAAAUGCUCCACACACAAAGAGGUUCUGAAAUACUAUUGUCCUAUUGAUGCCGCCUGUAUUUGUGUGUCUUGCUGGGUGGCUGGAGACCACAAGGGACAUGAUGUGGAGCUACUGGAUGUGGCCUCUGUGAAGAAGAAGGAGAAAUUGAGAUCUGUCAUUGAGAAUCUGAAGUCUGCGAGAGAAGAAGCUGCAAGAAGAGUCCAGAAGCUAAAAUAUCAUGAGACACGACAGAAGGUAAAAUCGGCCAGAUUUGCUGAGAGAGUCACUGGUCUGUUUACUGAUUUCAAGGAGAAGCUGAAUGAUCUAGAAAAGUUAAUCCAGGGUGAGAUUUCCAGACAGAAGGAUCAGGUGUCAUUCUCAGUCCAAGAUCUGAUCAUACAGGUGGAGCUACAGAAGGGUGAUCUGAGCAAGAAGAUUGAUCGAUUUGAGGGAUUAUGUAAUAUCACUGAACCUUUGUCCUUACUACAGGAAGAUAUAAGCAAUGGUGACAUCAGUGAUCGGAGCUGUGAUGUCAUCAGGAAUGUUAAAGAUGCUCAGUGUCUGGAUGAAGGCAUAGUUUCGCUGAUAUUUCAAAGAGGACUAUUACGCUUCGCUGAUAAUCUGAAGAAGAGACCGUUUCCAGUGACUAAGAAAUCAGAUGUAUUACUGGAUAUAGAAACGGCUCAUAAUAACAUUAUUAUAUCCCUGGAUCUCAGAUCUGCUUCUUAUACCCCAACAUUACAGAACAGACUUGAUGGGCCCAAGAGGUUCAAAUCCGUUCAGGUGUUAAGUUCCCGCAGCUUCUCCUCUGGGAGACAUUACUGGGAGGUGGAUGUGAGUCAGGCAGAGAAAUGGAUCAUUGGAGUGGCCAAGGAAAGUCUGGAGAGGAAGGUGGCUGGAAACGAAUCGUUUAUUGGUUAUAAUAAGAAAUCCUGGGGUUUGAUGUUUAAUAAUGGUCUUGGAGUCCAUCAUAACAAUAUCUAUAAGCACCUGGUGUCAGACGCUCCUGUGGAGUUUGUUGGGGUCUAUCUGGACUUUAAGGCCGGGCAUCUCGCUUUCUAUCAGCUGUGUGACACCAUCAGACACUUACACACCUUCACCGCCUCCUUCUCUGAGCCACUCUAUGCCGCUUUCUAUCUGUUUGAAAAGUCCAUUAUUAGCAUCAUGAGAUAAUUAUAACAAAAUGGCGACUGUGUGAAUCUCCACCUUCCAGCCUCCAUUUGUUUUUAGGUCUGAAAUUCUGAUUCAUUUUUUAAUAGGUCACUGUGUUUCCAGAAAACUCUUGAUAUGUCAUAGCGACACAAAGAAAGUGAGACUCAAUAGAAAGUGUAUGGGCCAGUCUCGAUACCAUCUCUUGCAGCGAGGAGAGAGAGCAUGAUAUACGGUGCUUCUCUCUCGAUAUUCCAGCAAAGUUACUGGGUAACGGGUUCUAUAAGCAUGUUGCAUUAAAGAUUAUAUCUAUGUAGGGGUGCACUGUGUUUAGGAAGUCUCUCAAACCCCCAUGCAGUAUUAAAUCACGACUCAAGAAAACAUGUAUUCAGAUCUAUUACCAGUGUUCUUUUUCCUAACAAUGUUCCGUAGGUCAGAAGUUUCAGAGGUUUUCCAUUUCUGUGCAACCCAUGUGGUGGCAGCCAUUAGUAGAUGACAGGAUCCUUCUAUAAGUUUUAGGGAUUUAGUUCCUCUAAACGUAGUAAGGCUAUUGGGGUGCAAUAGAAGGUGGAAAGCAUAACCUUUGGCUAGAUCCCCAAAAAGAGGUAAACACUUUCCAUAAGGUCAACACUUUCCUUAAAUAUUCAGAAACCUUUUCUAGAGUUUGAGUGGUAUUUUAUACCAUCUGCCAUAUGCCUCGUGGUGAUUGGAGCAAGCUUAUUAAAGCCCCUCUGCCGUUUUAAAAUAUGGGGUUGUAAGACACUGGGUUGGGGUUCUGCAUGCAUGGGCUGGCUCAUGGGAGGUAAGGAACAAGUGGAUUUGUAAGACUUAUGAAGGUGCAAGGAAAUCUUUCCAUAUCUACAGAGUUAAGGUGGGAGGAGUAACCCAAGGAUCUGGCAACAUGGAGAAGUUUUAGGUUGGAGACCGAGGCUGAAGCCUUCUCUGUCUCCAUCCAAUGUUUAUCACUAGAAAAUAUCCACCAAUAUUUGUGAUGUAGGAUUGACGCUUUAUUCUAAGAAUUGGUAGACCUAGAGAGAGUGCAGUUUGUGGAAAAUUUAUUUAUGGAUAGGGAUUGGUAACAUUUGUAUUUUAGGCAGUAUCGGACUGGUCCACCAGAGAACCAGAGGAUCCUCUGGUGGACGCAGCCUCUCAUACUAUAGUGGGUCCCAAAGGUCCAGGAGAAAUAUCCCUGCCUUUGGAGCCAAUCAAUUGCCACUAGGAUCUAUUUUUUUGACCCAAAACCUUUUAGACUUUAUUGAUGAUAGAGGGGUUGGACCUUGACAAUACUUUUAUCUGGUGGGGCCCCAGGAACCCGACCGACUGUGAUUUUAGGUACUAGUAACAUUUUCUAGAUGGCCAAUUUACCACACCCAAAAGUUCAGACUUAACCAAAUUAUCUAGAUCCUUUUGGAUCUGGGAAAUUAGGUGAUAAUCCCGUAAGAGUCUAGAUGAGCAGAGGAGUGCUGUUCCUUUAGUAUGGGAUUAAAGUGUUUUACCAAGAAAACGGGAAGGAACUGGAGGAAUAUUAAUACCCAGAAUUUGUGACUU